AUGUGGUUAUUGUUACAAACCAGUUUCCUCUUUUUGUUUUUGUUGUAUUCCUACUUUUCUUCUAAUGUCUCCUCUUCUCUGUUUCCCUCCACUUGUCAGUUACAGGGACAAUUUCAUCUUAAUGGGAUGCACAAGAGUGGAGAUGUCAUUCUGGGUGGACUGUUUCAAGUUCACUUUUUUUCAAGUGUUCCUGACCUGUCUUUUACCUCACAACCACAACAGCCUACUUGCCACAGUGUUUAUGACCUAGGAUUUAGGCAGGCACAAACCAUGGCCUUUGCUAUUGAUGAGAUCAACAGAAACUCCAACCUACUACCUAAUGUGACACUGGGAUAUACUCUGUAUGAUAACUGCAUCAAACUUGGAAUUGGUUUCCGUGCAGCAUUGUCAUUAGCCACUGGUCAAGAGGAGCAAAUUAUAUUAGACGAUACAUGUGUUGGAAAUCCUCCAGUCCUGGGGAUUGUUGGUGAUCCUUCCUCUACAUAUUCUAUUGCUAUCUCCACCAUUUUAGGUUUGUACAGAGUACCCAUGGUGAGUUAUUUUGCCACAUGUUCCUGCCUGAGUGACCAUCAAAAGUAUCCAUCCUUCUUUAGGACGAUUCCAAGUGAUGCUUUCCAGGUACGUGCUAUGGUUCAGAUUCUAAACCACUUCGGCUGGACUUGGGUAGGUCUGCUCGUCAGUGAUGAUGAUUAUGGACUUCAUGCAGCCAGAUCAUUACAAUCUGAGCUCAGUCUGUCGGGUGAAGGUUGCCUGGCUUACGUCGAGGUUUUGCCCUGGGACAAAGACACAAAUGAAAUCAGGAGGAUUGUGAACGUGAUGAAAAAAUCCACAGCUCGAGUUGUCAUUGUCUUUGCACAUCAUAGUCGCAUACUAAUCCUUAUGGAAGAGGUACUGAAGCAAAAUGUAACAGGUCUGCAGUGGAUUGCCAGUGAAUCCUGGACAGCAGGUGCUGAUGUGCUCCAGACACCUCAGCUUAUGACAUACCUGGGUGGUACACUGGGCAUUGCCACCCGUCGAGGAGAAAUACCAGGGCUCAGGGAAUUCCUGUUACAAAUACGUCCUGACCUGCAUCACAACAGUAACUAUGGGAAUAGCAUGGUGAAUCAGUUUUGGGAAUUCGCAUUUCAGUGCAGAUUUGCACCAGCUCCAUCAGGCUGGGUGGAAGGUGGAGGUGCACUAUGCACUGGACAGGAAGAUCUAGAAAAUGUGAACAGUGAGUUCUUGGACACUUCCGAUCUCCGGCCUGAGUACAAUGUGUACAAAGCUGUGUAUGCUCUGGCAUAUUCCCUUGAUGACAUGCUGCGGUGCAAGCCAGGAAGAGGGCCUUUCAGUGAGAACAGCUGUGCCACUUUGCAAACACUGGAACCCUGGCAGCUUGUUUAUUACUUGGAAAGGGUGAACUUCACCACUCCAUUCGGCGAUCAAGUGUCAUUUGAUGAGAAUGGUGAUGUGAUACCAAUUUACGAUGUGAUGAACUGGUUGUGGCUCCCUGAUGGAAGCACUAAAGUUCAGAAUGUGGGUGAGGUUAAGAGGUCAGCUUUCAAAGGUGAAGCACCUCGAUCAAUAUGCAGUGAGAGCUGUCCUCCUGGUACCCACAUGGUGAGAAAGAAGGGGGAACCUGAAUGCUGUUUUGACUGCAUCCCUUGUUCUGAGGGAAAAGUCACUAAUAGGAGCAACUCCUUGCAGUGCACCAGUUGUCCAGAGGAUUUUUGGUCAAACCCCCAGCGUGACCACUGUGUACCUAAGAAGACAGAGUUCCUCUCCUACCUUGAGCCUCUGGGUAUUUGUUUGACAGCAACCUCAUUGCUGGGCACAUUUAUAUGUGCUGUUGUUCUUGGGAUUUUUAUCUACCAUCGCAGAACACCCAUAAUACGGGCCAACAAUUCAGAACUUAGUUUCCAGCUAUUGCUCUCACUUAAGUUGUGUUUCCUGUGUUCACUGCUAUUCAUCGGACGACCCAGGCUGUGGACAUGCCAACUCAGGCAUGCAGCAUUUGGGAUCAGCUUUGUGCUUUGUGUCUCAUGCAUCCUGGUAAAAACCAUGGUUGUUCUGGCUGUGUUCAAAGCCUCCAAGCCAGGAGGGGGAGCCAGUCUGAAGUGGUUUGGUGCUAUGCAGCAGAGAGGAACAGUUCUGGUUCUUACAUCUGUUCAGGCAGCCAUCUGCACUACCUGGCUUGUCUCAUCCUCUCCAGUUCCACAUAAAAACACCCAAUAUCACAAUGAUAAGAUAGUUUAUGAGUGUGCAGUUGGGUCCACUGUUGGUUUUGCAGUUUUAUUGGGUUAUAUUGGUUUGCUGGCUUUCCUCAGUUUUCUAAUUGCAUUCCUGUCAAGGAAUCUUCCUGACAGUUUUAAUGAGGCCAAGCUCAUCACAUUCAGCAUGCUGAUCUUCUGUGCUGUGUGGGUGGCCUUUGUCCCUGCUUAUAUCAGCUCACCAGGAAAUCUUGCAGAUGCAGUGGAGGUAUUUGCCAUCUUGGCCUCAAGUUUUGGACUCUUGAUCACACUGUUUGGACCCAAAUGCUACAUAAUCCUGCUGAGACCAGAGAUGAACACAAAGAAAGCUAUAAUGGGUCGUGGCAUUGAGUCAUAA